AUGAUUUCGGAAAUUGAAAGUACUAAUAGCAGCACAAGCUCUCCAUCAUAUUCUCCUCAAUCUUCAAAUAUUUCUCUUACUAAUUCUGAGCUUUUCAACAUAGCUAAUUUAAACAUGACUAUUUCUGAACCAACCACAUCCCCAAACAACAGCCCAAUUCAAAUGUCAGUUCAAACUGCAAAUUCACUUUUACUGUUGCAUUUGGCCCAAAUGCAACUAAUUUUUCAACAGAAUAACGAAAAUAUGGCGCUUAUACGUCUGGCUAUAACUGCCGAAAAAGAAGCAAUGGCUAAGGAGAUGAUCAAAAUUGGUCAGCUAAAACUAAGAGGGAAUGUAGACAUGAAGCAGAAUAAUUUUAAAAUGAAGGAUAAAAAUGUUAAAGCCUUUAUUAAUCCUCUAAGCGAAGGAAAUGACUGCUUAAAUGACGAUAAUAGUAGGAAAGACUAUUUCACACGCUGUGGAAUAACCUGGAAGUAUUUAACUUCAACUCCGUCAAUUGAAGAGUUUGACGAACUUCGACGUAAGCAACAGGUCUCAAAAAACAGACAUGUCGGCUAUGGAAUUCGUUAUGCAUGCACUAGAAAUGCGAAAGCAAGGGAUAAUUGUCCUUAUUUAUUACUCCAUAUUCCUGGAAAUAAUGGCAUUCAACAUGUGUACUCUAGAAAUUGUCAUACUCAUCCAAUCAAACAUAUCCGCUCAAGAAAUAGAAACAAUUCUGCUACUAGUGUGUUUUUAUAG